AGGGCACCUGGGUGGCUCAGUUGGUUAAGUGUCCAGCUUCGGCUCGGGUCAUGAUCUCACUGUUCAUGAGUUCAAGUCCCACAUGGGGCUCUGUGCUGACAGCUGAGAGCCUGGAGCCUGCUUCAGAUUCUGCAUCUCCCUCUCUCUCUCCCUCUCUCUGCUCCUUGCUCUCUCUCUCUCUCAGAAAUUAAACAUUAAAAAAAUUAAGAAAAAAAUCCUUGAGAAUUCAAAUGCCUGUAUGAAUCUGGAAAAUGCAUUUACUCCCCCACCUCUCACCAGUGCGUUUCACAACUGCUUCUGAAUCUAUAUUCCACUAGGAGAUAGACUAGAUCAUGACUGCAUGGUUUACAUUUAGUUUUCCAAAGGAAACAAGUCAGAAAUAUGAGUGAAGAACUUUAAGAAGCUCAAGGCUGAGGACGACGUACGAUUAGUUUAUCCAUUUGACAAUCACUCAUUGCCUUCCCACUGUGCCUAAGACACCAGGCAGUGCUGAGAAUACAAGCAAUAGAAUAUGUUGGAAGAGAAAAAUUCCUUCUGACAACCUAUCUCUACUCCACCCAGAUUUCUUUUUUGUAUAACAAAUAUAUAAUGGGCAAAAUUAUUCAAUUAGUUCUAUACCGAUAAGUUUUCAGUAUGCAUAAAUCAUGCAUUUGUUGAGCUGGUCAAAAAAGGGGGAAGCACAAUAUUUUGAAUGAAGAGAGUGAACUUUUCAACUGUAACACCCAUUUCAUGACCUAUAAAAGGCCAACCUUUCUGCCUUGCUGACACUGCUUUCUCUCAGGUUGUAGCCCCCUUCCCCGGGCUGCGGAUCUCUCCAGCAGCACCAUGUCCCUCUCAGUGCGCACCUCUGGGCUCUCCCGGCGGCCAUCUUCCCAGAGUGGGACAUCCGGCAGAGCCAGGGGCACGUCCGCUUCCAUCGUUGGAAGUGGCUAUGGGGGGAGCACCUUUGGCUUUGGAGACAGCUAUGGGGGAGGCUUUUCUUCUGCUUCCAUGUUUGGUUCUAGUUCUGGCUUUGGUGGUGGCUCUGGAAUUUCCUUUGCAGGAGGACUGGGCAGUGCUUAUGGGGGAGCCCUGGGAGGUGGUUCUGGAGCCCUGGGAGGUGGCUUUGGAAGCCUAGGAAGUGGCUUUGGAGGCCUGGGAGGUGGCUUUGGAGGCCUGGGAAUUGGAUUUGGAGGAAGCCCCGGAGGUGGCCCUGGAGGCAUUCUCUCUGGCAAUGAUGGAGGCCUUCUUUCUGGAUCAGAAAAGGAAACCAUGCAAAAUCUUAAUGACAGAUUGGCCUCCUACCUGGAUAAGGUUCGAGCUCUAGAAGAGGCUAAUACUGAGCUAGAAAACAAAAUUCGAGAAUGGUAUGAAACACGAGGAUCUGGGACUGGAGACCCCAGGUCCCAGAGUGAUUACAGUAAAUAUUAUCCAUUGAUCGAAGACCUCAGGAAUAAGAUCAUUUCUGCCACCAUUGGAAAUGCCCAGCUCAUCCUGCAGAUUGACAACGCGAGACUGGCUGCCGAAGACUUCAGAAUGAAGUAUGAGAAUGAGCUGGCCCUGCGGGUGAGUGUGGAGGCCGACACCAACGGCCUGCGCAGGGUGCUGGACGAGCUGACCCUGGCCAGGGCCGACCUGGAGAUGCAGAUCGAGAACCUCAAGGAGGAGCUGGCCUACCUGAAGAAGAAUCAUGAAGAGGAGCUCCAAACCUUCCUGGCAGGCGGCCCGGGGCAGGUCAGCGUGGAAAUGGACGCUGCUCCGGGGCUGGACCUCACCAGGCUCCUCAACGACAUGAGGGCGCAGUAUGAAGCCAUCGCUGAGCAGAAUCGUAAGGACGCGGAGGCCUGGUUCGUUGAAAAGAGCGGGGAGCUAAGGAAGGAGAUCAGCAUCAACACGGAGCAGCUUCAGUCCAGCAAGAGCGAGGUCACCGACCUGAGGCGCGCAGUUCAAAACCUGGAGAUCGAGCUCCAGUCCCAGCUGGCCACGGUAGGGCGCGCCCGCGCAGUAUCUUUUCAUGACUUCCAAAGAAAACGUGCCAUCCACAUUAGGAAGGCCACCGGCGGGCCGCCUUCCUCACUUCAGUCCCCUCCACCGUUCUGUCUGUGCCAUUUCCCUCCCACCGUGCAGAAGAAAUCCCUGGAGGACUCGCUGGCGGAAGUGGAGGGCGACUACUGCGGCCAGCUGUCGCAGGUGCAGCAGCUCAUCGGCAGCCUGGAGGAGCAGCUCCUCCAGGUGCGCGCCGACGCCGAGCGCCAGAACGCCGACCACCAGCGGCUGCUGAACGCCAAGGCCCGCCUGGAGCUGGAGAUCGAGACCUACCGCCGCCUGCUGGACGGCGAGGCCCAAGGCGACGGUUUUGAUGAAAGUUUAUAUGUGACAGACUCCAAAUCUCAAACACAGUCGAUCGAUUCCUCUAAAGAUCCAACCAAAUCCCGGAAAAUCAAGACAAUUGUGCAGGAAGUGGUGAAUGGUGAAGUGGUCUCAUCUCAAGUUCAGGAAGAACUAAUAUAAAAUUUCAUAAGAUCUUCCCCAAGAUUGAUUCCUUAGGAACAGUAAAUUUACAAGCAGAAAUUAUCCCUUUCAGAGUAAGAUAUUAGUUCAAUUCUACUUCUGUCUGUUUCAUUUUCCUUGGAUUCCCUAUUCACUAUGAGUCCUUUUUGCUCUUCAAUUACAAAUCACUAUGGCCACGUUGGUCUUUAUAACAAACCAAAAUUGCCUUACAUCUUUCUGGACCUGCAGUAGUCUUUUAAUAAACGUUCUUCUGGUGACCGGGAACAUGUUUUAAUCACAGGAUUCUGAUCAAGUAGUAUGGUUUUAAUAAAUAAAAAAUGAAUGGUAAUAAUGUGAAAUGUGUACCUUCUCUAUUCCAACAAUAAUGUCAAGAGCAUAG